GAAGCAUUUUUCAAUGCUGUCCGGAGUUACUAUGAGGCAGAGAGAGAUGAAUCUACUCCAGAUUGGCACUCAGAGAAACAGCACUGUAUCGACCUGGCUGGUGAAAUUUACUCUUCUUUGGCUGCUUAGUCGGAACUGCUGCAGAGCCAGCGCUGUUUGGACCGCUUACAUGAACAUAUCAUUUCAUGUUGGGAAUCGCAUGCUGUCAGAGUUGGGGGAAACUGGAGUAUUUGGAAGAAGCUCCACUCUGAAGAGAGUGUCCGGAGUUAUUGUGCCACCAGAUGGAAAAUCGCAAUAUGCCUGCAAUCCCAGUACCAGCUUCAGCAGAUCGGAGAACUCAAAGGUGUGGCUCGCACUUGUUGAACGGGGAGGUUGUCCCUUCACACAGAAAAUUAAGGUGGCCGUUGAGAAGGGAGCCAGCGGAGUGAUCGUCUACAACUUCCCAGGAACCGGCAACCAGGUUUUCCCCAUGUCUCAUCAGACCUUUGAAGACGUUGUGGUCCUGAUGAUUGGUAACUUAAAAGGCAUGGAGAUUCUGCACUUGAUUCGGAAGGGAGUUCACGUUACAGUCAUGGUGGAGAUGGGGAGGAAACACCUCAUCUGGAUGAAUCACUAUUUUGUCUCUUUUUUGAUUGUCACCACCGCUACGUUUACGUACUUCGUCUUUUAUCAUAUUCGAAGACUUUGGGUAGCCAGGGUUCAGAGCAGGAGAUGGCUGCGCUUAGCAACAGAUCUCAAGCUAGCAUUUGGCCAGCUUCAGCUCCGGGUACUGAAAGAAGGGGAUGAGGAAGUAAGUCCCAACGGAGAUAGCUGUGUAGUUUGCUUCGAGCUCUACAAGCCUAACGACACAAUUCGUAUUCUGACUUGCAAACAUUUUUUCCACAAGAAUUGCAUCGACCCCUGGAUUCUGUCACAUGGAACGUGCCCCAUGUGCAAGUGUGACAUUCUUAAUGCUUUGGGAAUCCGAGUGGAUGUUGAAGACGGAACACAGUCACUGCAAGUUCUGAUGUCAAAUGAAUGGCCUGGUAUUUUAUCACCUAGUGAAGAGGGGACCGCUAGUGAACUUCCUCCUGCAAGGCAGCCAGAUAAAGCGACCCACGUGGGAGAGGCGGCGGAGCGCCCUCCUUCCCCGAGUGACAGCCAGCCCAACUCGGCAGAAGACGUUCAUCCUUCACCUUGAUAGCAUGACCUUUGAGGAAGCGGAUUAAACCUGUUUGUCAAACCAGGUUCUAAUACUGACAAGCAGUUUGCUUGAAGUGUGGUUUUGUGUCCUUUUUUGUUGCUUUGGUAAUUUUCUACAUUCUUUGU